AUGGGGGUUAAAACAAUGCUCCCCAGCUACGAACUGGGGUUUUACGCUCUCACCGUGACGUGUGCCGUGGUGUACAGUGGCAGCGGGAUCUUCGAGGCAUCCAGAGACGGGGUGAACAGAAAAGCCUUUCGGGAUGGCAUAAAGCCGGGCUGGCACUACUUCGGCAGGAAGAUGGAUGUGGCCGAUUUCGAGUGGGUGAUGUGGUUCACCUCAUUCAGGAACGUCAUCAUCUUCGCCCUCUCGGGACACGUCCUCUUCGGCAAGAUCUGCUCCAUGACGGUGCCACAGCACCGGGCUGUGGUGUACAUGCUGUAUGGGGUCCUGGCCGUGCUGGGCAGCAUGGGGCUCGUCUACCUGAUGAUCAUCCUCUCCCACUGCCUUAUCCUCUACUCUGUCGCGCUGGCCAAGCAGAAGUGGCUCUGCUACGUGGCCGGGCUCUGCUGUCUUGCCUCCUUCAAGGUGGAGCCAUUCAGCUCGUGGCAGAGCGGGUUUGUAACAGGAGCUUUUGAUCUUCAAGAUGUCCUGUUCUAUGGAGGGAGCGGCUUCACCAUCAUGCGCUGCAUGAGCUUCGCACUCGAGAGCUCUGAGAGGAAAGAGGGCAUCUACUCCAUCUUCGAUCUCCUCAAGUACAACUUCUACCUCCCCUUCUUCUUCUUUGGGCCUGUCAUGACGUUUGACCAGUUCCAUGCCCAG